AAAGAUGGUAGAGUAUGUGCAUUAAUCACUAUGCAAUUCCAAUUGUUAUUCUUCUCUCCUUUUUCUUCUUUGUCGUAACUAAGAUAGAGACACCAUUCAACCCUUUCUUCUUCUUUUUCUUUCUUUCUUUCUUCCCCUUCACAUAUAUAUUCUCUUCCCCAUUCCGAUUUCUACACUCUUUCACUUCCCAAUUCAUCUCUCUUUUCCCUAAAUAAUCAUUUUACCACUUUCGUUCUUCAAUCAUCGGAAACAAUUUUGUUCCAAAAUAAACUUUCAAAUUUGGGUCUUGUUGUUUAUAAUAACCCUAAUUUAAGUACUUUCCUCCGUUUCCUCGGCGAUCAAACGGAGGAGAAGGAUUUUGAAAUAAAGAUUGGAAAAUGCUAGGUACUUCACUGCAGUUUGGAGGUGUUCGUGGUGGUGGUGGUGGUGACGAUCGGGUUUAUAUUCCGGUUAAGGCUAGGAAGAAUCAGAACCAGCGUAAGCAAGCUCAGAAAGCUAAGAAUGGUGAAGAGGAAAUUGCAGAUUCAGCUUUGGAUGAUAAUAGUAAUCCCAAACAAUGUUUGGACUCACCAUCAACUGUUCCGUCUGUAGAGUCUGUUAGUAACAUUGAUAGGUUCUUGGAUUCCACUAAGCUAUUGGUACCGGCUCAGUAUUUCUCCAAGACGACAAUGAGAGGUUGGAAGACUUGUGAUGUUGAGUAUCAGUCUUACUUUGCUCUGAAUGAUCUAUGGGAAUCGUUUAAGGAGUGGAGUGCUUAUGGUGCUGGGGUCCCUUUACUACUUGAUCAAAGGGAGUCUGUAGUUCAGUACUAUGUUCCGUAUUUGUCAGCUAUUCAGCUAUAUGGUCAACCUACUGAGAAGUCAAGUGCCAAGCCAAGGUACACAAGUGAAGAUAGUGAUGGUGAUUACUACAGAGAUUCGUGUAGUGAAGGAAGCAGUGAUUAUGAAUAUGGAAAAAAGACUGAAUGUCUUACAGCACAGAGAAGCAGUAAACACCUGACAAGUGGUAUCUCUUCUCAAAUGAGCACACUGUCUAUACAUGACAGAUACAAUACAGUACAAGAAGGCUUUUCUAGUAGUGAUGAUAGUGAAGCUGGGAAUCCUCAAGAACUUCUUUUUCAGUAUUUGGAACAAGGUCAUCCUUAUAGCCGUGAACCGCUGACUGACAAGAUACUAGAUCUUGCACGUGAUUAUCCUGCCCUCAUGUCAUUGAGAAGUUGUGAUUUAUUGCCAUCUAGUUGGAUGUCUGUUGCAUGGUACCCUAUAUAUCGAAUACCUACAGGCCCCACUUUAAAAGAUUUAGAUGCCUGCUUUCUAACCUACCAUACACUACAUACACCCUUGACAGUUGCAGGAAGUGUUACUACGCCUGGUCUUACCCUGGUUUAUCCUAGUGAGAUGGAUGGUAUUCCAAACAUUUCCAUACCUACUUUUGCAAUGGCUGCUUAUAAAUUAAAGGGAUCUAUUUGGAUGAAAAAAGAAGCUGGUGACAAUCAAGUAAUGCAUUCACUCUUGCAAGCUGCAGAUAAAUGGUUAAGGCUAGUUCAGGUGACUCACCCGGAUCAUCAGUUUUUUAAAUCACAUGGCACAUACUGCAAAUGAGUUUAAUGAUAUGAUGUCAUGCCAGUUACAUUCCCAUGGUUAAAACUAAGCCUUAAUUUCAUUGCGUUGGUGCAAACUUAAAAAAAGUCCAUCCAUCUGUAGAGAUUGUGAUGGCAUGCUGUAGACAGCCUAAUUGUUGGUUUUUGUUACACACACCUAAGCAGCACAAAAGAUGAAAGCUGAUCUUAAGUGAUGAAUUUGCUGAGAUUGUCUAAGCGAAAACGAAAAAGAAAAAAAGUGUUUUUUAUAAGUGAAACUCCCUACUGAAAAGGGAGAAAAACAAAAUAUGAAACAAAAGUAAAAGUGAGUAUGGCAAACAGAUUAACAGAGAGGAUGUGUGGGUUAAAGCCAGACUGUACAAGUGGCUACAGUUCAAUAAUGGCUGUGAUCCCUUUAAUUUCUGGACAUAAAUAUUUACACAUGUUGUGACAAUAGAAGAAAUACUAGAUUUUGCUGCGUGGCAAGGCACAGUUUUGGUACUAUCUGAUGAACAUUUUGUUGCUUUGAUGACAGGAGAGAUGGUGUUGUAAUAUUUUGUACAAUUCAAAUAAAUGUUACACCCUUAAUGUUGUGUUUUGGAAUGACAAUUGUAUGGUAGUAUAUGUUAGUGUUAUAUCCCCUCUGGGAUUAAAAUGUCAUUCCUUUGGAUAUUUAGGGGGGGAAACAUAUCAUCGCCUUGUUGUUGUACUUACUGUACGAUGUUAAUAUGUUCUGUGAAGAUGUGAUGCUAAUUUUACUCAA